AUGGCAUCCGCCUUGUUAAAGUUCAGUGCCAUAUUAAUGGUUGUCGGUUUUGCGGCAGCUGAUGUUGGAUCAGCCUAUGAAAACCCCGUCACCGAAGUGUGCCUCGGAUGCCUCUGUCAAGCGAUUUCUGGAUGCAAACUAGGUACUCAGUGUGAUGGCGACACUUGCGGUCUAUUCCGCAUCACGUGGGCCUAUUGGGCUGACGCUGGAAAGCCCACUAUUGAUGGCAGUUCUCCCGACGCUUCUGAUGCUUACCCCAGAUGUACAAAUGACCCGCGAUGCGCUGCCCAAACUGUUCAACAGUACAUGAGACGUUUCGGACAGGACUGCAAUGGUGACGGACAAGUCGACUGUUAUGAUUACGCAGCCAUCCACAAGCUCGGAGCGUAUGGAUGCAGAGAAAUCAUGAAAAUCAUUAUUUUCUUAAUUGUGAUGCAGUUAAUAUUCACGUGUAACGCAGCUGAAUUACCAUACCGGUCAAAAAUGUUGCAGUUUUGUGGAAAAAAAUUAAAGAAGGCACUGGAACUAGUCUGCGAGGGAACAGACAUUAAUCUUGAAAGGGAACUAGAAACGCUGAAGAAAUCUACAAAACAAGAAUUACACAACAAGAAAGGAUCAAACAAUUUUCUAAAAAUAUCGCCACGACUUAAGAGGGCUUAUGACGUCAGCCUAAACCUAGUGGACACCUGUUGUCAAAAAUCAUGCAAUCUAGAACAACUACGAGCGUACUGCUGA